AUUGAUUUUUGCGUCAUUUCGGUUAUAACUAUUUCAAUUUUCGCAACACAAACGCAGCAAAAUAAUACCGUUUUUAUUCGAGAAGAUUUCCGGAUUCCCUUGAAAACCAUUUUUAUAAUUGUAGUUUUUAGCACGUGGUAAAUUUCCCAUUUGAAGUCGAGAACGACAAGCAACCAAUGCGAUACGAGCAAUGAAUUUGAAAAAUUCGAAGUUUUACAAAAGGAUCCAGGAACUGCGUCACUUCUCCAAGGAGAAGAUUCGGAACAGCCGUGAGCAGCGGACGCGCGUCUCCCGCGCCUUGGACAUGGCGCUCAGUGAGCAGCCGUGCUCGGACAGGGAGUGGUUCAGUUCGGAGCAAUCGCCGAGGGCACUGCCUGCAUCGCCCCGUCGUCGGGUAAAGAAGUUCCGGUGUCCGAAGAAGAAGGCUUCCGCCGGCAAGCAGAUGGAUGAUCCAUACUACCACCUCACUGGAGGACAGAGUUCGGGGGACCAUAGUCCCGGGCCGGCGGAGGCCAAGCUCCAGGGCUUCAUCCAGCUGAACAACACGACCUAUCGGGUGGAGUGUCCGACUCGGGUGCUUAAUCCGCCCAAGGUCAACGACGACGAACGAUGUGCCAGCGAAACCAAGAGCACCAUCUGCGUGUCCAACUCCCGGUACGCCAUGAUCGGCAAGAUCUCAAAGACCCUGGGUUACAAGUUGGUCAAGGAAUCCAAACUGUGGAACAUCCUAUGGUCGGAUUCGUUUCCCGGCGUGGAGCUGUUCAAGAACAUGAAGCGCUUCCAACAGAUCAACCACUUUCCGGGCAUGAUCGAGAUCUGUCGAAAGGAUCUACUCUCGCGGAAUCUUAAUAGGAUGCAGAAGCUUUUCCCGCAGGACUACAAGAUCUUCCCCAAGACAUGGAUGCUGCCGGCGGACUACGGGGAUGCUAUGAACUACGCUCUUAACCACAAACGCACCUUUAUCCUGAAACCAGAUUCUGGAGCACAGGGACGUGGCAUUUGGCUGACCAACGAUUUAAAGACAAUUGGUCCACAUGAGCGCCUCAUCUGCCAAACGUACAUACACAGGCCCCUCCUCAUCGAUGGCUACAAGUUCGACCUGCGGGUUUACACGCUGAUCACGUCCGUGGAUCCCCUGCGAAUAUUUGUGUACAACGAGGGAUUAGCCCGAUUUGCCACGAACAAGUACGUGGAGCCCACUCCCGGGAACUCCAAUGAUUUGUAUAUGCACCUGACCAACUAUUCCGUGAACAAACGCAACUCGCACUACGAACUGUGCGAUAACGACGACUGUGGGAGCAAAAGGAAACUCAGCGCUAUUAACAACUGGAUGAGGCGCCACAACUAUGAUGUGGAGGAAUUCUGGAGCAACGUGGACGAUGUGAUCAUCAAGACGGUGCUGAGUGCCUGGCCAGUGCUGAAGCACAACUACCAUGCCUGCUUUCCGGGACACGACAAGAUCCAGGCCUGCUUCGAGAUACUCGGCUUUGACAUCCUGGUGGACUGGAAACUGAAACCCUACAUCCUGGAGGUGAACCACUCGCCCAGCUUUCAUACCAACGAGCAGGUGGACCGGGAGGUGAAGCGGCCCCUCAUCCGGGACACUUUAAACCUGGUCAGCACUGUGCUGGCGGACAAGAGGCAGAUCCUCAAGGAAGAUCGCAAGAGGGUCAAGCAGCGAUUACUUAAGAUCAGGGGGGAGCCACCAGUUCAACGUCCUCGUCUUGGUGGCGGCCUAUCCAAAGCCAAACUAGACAUCAAAACGGGCAAUCCAGAAGCCAACGGUAAUGCCAAUCCCGUCCAGAUUGAGGUAGAGCCUGACGUUCUAGGACCACUAGCCCAACAGAUCGCCUGGGAGGAGAGUCACUUGGGCAACUUCAGAAAGAUUAUGCCACCACCGGACUUAGAAAAGUUGGACUACUAUUCACGAUUCUAUGCUCAGUCCAAUCAGGUGUCCAUAUUCGCCGAGACGGCAGCCAGUAAAAAACGGGAGGAUCUUGCCCGAAAAAUGCGAAUCCAGAUCGAGGAGAAGAAGGCCAAGCAGCAACAGAUGCUGAAUGGAAAGUUCAAGCGGGAAGCCCGUAAGCGGCAUACUGUGAUGCUUCCGAGGGCGGUGCGCGAAAGGAACCGGAUGAACCUCUUCCGGCUGCGGGAGAACUGGUCUCCGGGAUUCAUCUCGGAUGCAGAGGAGCGGCUGCGCCACACUUGGUUACAUAUGCGCUCCGAGGCCAUAAGAACAAUGAAGAUCACCGAGAAUAUCUAUAGCACUCUCUACGAAACCGGUCACUUAACAAACACGGAUAUGGUGGUCUAUCCACAUCUCUACCACAAUCUGCAGCAUGGUUUUGACAUCAGGCAAAAUCCCUGAGUGGAUGCAGUUUUCCCCCAAAGUCCCACCAAUCUUCACUCAUCUUUUUCGAACUGCACAGUCUAUACACAAUCAUAAUGUGUUCUUAAAUUUGUUAUUCUUUAAAUUUAAAUUGCUGUCUGUCACAAAAAAUAUAUCACUUUG